AUGACGGAGAGCGUGGUGGCGGGAUGGCUCGGGGAGCUGGGGCUGGGGAACCUGAUCCAGGUCUUCGAGGAGGAGGGCAUCGACUCCGAAGCUCUUGCCGCCCUCAACGAGGCUCAGCUGAAGCAGCUCGGCGUCACGCGCAUGGGGGACCGGACCAAGGUGAGAGCCGAGGCCAUGAUGAGCAAGUGGGACGAGAGCUGUCGGGCUUGCAGAGGGAUUGAGAUUGAGAUGAAGUACAGGCUACAGGCGAAGGCGCUUGGUCAUGUCCUGCCAGCCUCUACAAACCCUCUCUACGUCCAGUCGGCACAACCACAACAUGCGCCGUCGAGCAGUCAUGAUAAGGAAGUUCCCGAGCAUAUCCAGAUCUUACAGCGACUGUCCAACGCCACUGCGAAGAGCUCCUCAAGGAAAAGCGCUGUCGAGGACGUAGCUGAAAAAAUCAGGGCCACCAACUUCGUUCUGAAAGGAGGCUAUCUGGAGAAGUACACGAACGGUGGCCGAGCUUUUUGUGGAACCUACGUUAACAUUUUCUGCAGUGAGAAGAAGUUGAGCUACGAUGGGAAGACUGUCGGGCCUGUUCUAUCCGUGCUUCCUGGAUGUGGCGCUGUGGUCGAAGAGUACCAUCACGUCUCCUCGGACGUUGCUGAACGAUCUUUCCGAGUGGUAUGUGAGGGAGGGAUAAGUCUUCUGUUGAUCGCUCCGUCAAAGGAGGAGCGAAAGAUUUGGAUGGAGGGAAUUGACAUCAUGCUCAUCGGCGGCUACAAGCGCAGGAGUGCGCAAAACGAUGACGUGUCAGAAGUUGCAGCUCGCAUUCCUCAAGCGAACAUCGGCCUCAAGAGCGAAACCAGUCCUGCAAAGCACGCGACGGCUCAGGAUGAUCAUGAAGUAAAAAGACGCAGCGCUUCACCUCCCAACCGUUCAAGUGUGGAUCCUAUGCUGCCAAUGCGCAAGGCGCGACCAUCAAGUGUACAUGUCAAGAGCCCACCGAUGAAACCCAAGGAGGACGUUCACGUCAGGUCAGACUUGGGAGUGACGAGAAAGCUCGAGGAACGAAGACAAAACUUCGAGCCUACUCAAGAUCGAGAGAAAAUGACAAAGGAGUCACCGAAAGGUUUCAAUCCGACGACCAGACUGAGUGCGCAGCAAGAUAAGGAGAAUGGCUCGCACAGGGGUGAAAUCGUUCCGCUGAAGCCCCAGCAAGCACCUGAAAUAUCAAGCGGACACGAACGACGGCAGAGCGAUGCACGAUCAUCCACAUUGCCGACCGUGCAGGCGGUGGAAGAGCGAAGAGCAGAGGACACAAUCCAACAAUGGGGGGCUGACGCUGAAGGAUCCUCGCAUGACAUUGCGCUGCGUGACGACAUGGACAAGGCUCGCGAAGUAUCCGCAGUGACUACUGAAAGGCCUGCGAGCCUGAGAGUCGGCAAUGAGGACACAAGGUCGGGAGUGCUUCGAAAGAAGGAAUCGUUUGAGCUCAGGGCCGAGGUGAAGUCAGAGAUCCUGACAAACGACAAGGAAGAAGAAACGAUGAGCAAGAUGGAGGAGAAGCCCGACCUUCCAAGUCAAGACUCAGAGAAUGCCACCAAACCAGACGUCCCGCCAUCAGUUUCGUCACAGAGGAGAUCAGUUCUCGACAUGGUUGGGCAGAUCAAUCAAAUGGCAAAUAGCGCUGACGCUGCGAACAUGAUUCGGUGGAAGCAUGUAGAUAGCGUUCUCAAGACACAAGGAAACCAGAUCAAGAAGACGCGAGCAGAACCUGAAUUCGGAGUAGCCCUGAUCGAUGCUUCUCUACAAGCCGGCCGAUUUGAGUGGGAGGUCGAGUUUGCCAAAACGAAUAGCAUCCACUGGAGUCUCCGACGAGAAGAAGCAAGAGGAAGCGCCUGGUUCUAUCAUUCCAAGGGAUUCUUGUGCGAUGGAGACGUGUUGGUGGGAGAUUGGGAGAAGCUUCCUCCCUUCGGCGCUGGCGACAAGAUAACCAUCCGUUUGGAUGCGGACGCGGGAACUCUUGAGUUCUCUUGUAACGGCAAGUGGAUCUCCGAGAGACUGGAAGGCGUCAAGAAGAACGUUGUUCCGGUGGUGUACACAGAUGGGACAGCGUCUCUCACGCUUGCAAAACCUCCAACUCAACUUUGA